UCUAGAGCAACGAAAGUAGUAUCAUUCGGCUAGUGUGUGCACCACAAUGUCAGCAGCCAUGGAUUCAAUCAGUUGUUCAAUAUGUCUGGAUCUACUGAAGGAUCCGGUGACUAUUCCCUGUGGACACAGCUACUGUAUGGGCUGUAUUAAGGACUGCUGGGAUCAGGAUUAUGUGAUGGGUUUUCUGAUCAGCUGCCCUCAGUGCAGACAGACCUUCAUCCCAAGGCCGGUUCUGAAGAAAAGCACCAUGCUAGCAGAAUUGGUGGAGAAUCUGAAGAAGACAGGACUCCAAGCUGGUACCCCUGCUCACCAUUAUGCUGGACCUGAAGAUAUAGCGUGUGAUGUCUGCACUGGGAGAAAACUCAAAGCUGUCAAGUCCUGUCUGGUGUGUCUGGCCUUUUACUGUGAGACUCACCUCCAGCCUCACUAUGAAUCUCCUACCUUUAAGAAGCACAAGCUGGUCAAAGCCUCCACACAACUAGAGGAGAAGAUCUGCUCUCAUCAUGACAAACUGGUGGAGAUUUACUGCCGUACUGAUCAGCAGUUUAUCUGUUAUCUGUGUACAAUGGAUGAACAUAAAGGCCAUGAUACAGUCUCAGCUGAAUCAGAAAGGACUGAGAGACAGAGCCAGGUGGGGGAAAAACAACAGAAAUCCAAACAGAGAAUCCAGGAUAAAGAGAAUGAGAUGCAAGAGGUGAGACAGGCUGUGUAUUCACUCAAGUGCACUGCAGAGGCAGCGGUGAAGAACAGUGAGAGGAUCUUUACUGAACUGAUCCGCUCCAUUGAGAGAAGGCGCUCUGAGGUGAAAGAGUUGAUCAGAGCCCAGGAGAAGGCUGAAGUGAGUCGAGCUGAAGGACUGCUGAAGCAACUGGACCAGGAGAUGGCUGAGCUGAGGAGGAGAGAGGCCAAGUUGGAGCAGCUCUCACACACAGAAGACAACAUCCAAUUCCUCCAGAGUUUCCAGUCUCUCUCUGUCCCUCUUGGAUCUAAGGCCUUACCCAUCAUCACUUUCAAUCAACACGUCUCCUUUGAGUAUAUAAGGAAAUCAGUCGCUGGGCUGAAAAGUCAAGUUGAAAAGAUCUGCUCUGGGGAAAUUGCCAAGAUCUCUGUAAAAAUGACAAAAGUCCACAUUGUUCCACCUUCUGAGCCC